AUGAUUUUACGAAGAGUAUGUAUCAUACGAUGGAGCUCACCUUAUUUUAAACGACCAGCAUCUUUAAAAGCGACGAUACGAGGGUCAGAUCCGAAUAAAACAGUCGAUUUGAGUGAAUUUACACCGGAGAAGAUCAGGAAUUUUAGUAUAGUUGCUCAUGUAGAUCAUGGCAAGAGUACAUUAGCUGAUAGAUUGCUUCAACAAUGCGGAGUGAUCGAUAAAGAUGAGAGGAAACAGUUUUUGGACAAACUUCAGGUGAGAUUUUGAUUUUUUGUUGACUUUUUAGGUUGAAAGUGGCAAAUCGAAGUGUUUGAGAGUUGGAAGGACUUGUGGACUUUAUUUUAAGAUUAAAAUAGCUGAAAAUUUCUAUGAAAAAGAGGUAUUUUCGAUGAAUUCUAUCUGCACCAUCUCUGAACAUCGAGAAGAUAAGGAAAACUCAAUUUUUGAUUGGGAAAUGAGAUUUUUUGAUAAAAUCUUUGUGUUUAUUAGUUAGCUAAGGUUUCAACUCUGCUAAUGAGAUCAAUUUCAGGUGGAGCAAGAGCGAGGGAUCACCGUGAAGGCUCAAACUUGCAGCAUGGUAUAUAAGGUAAUAUAUUUUUUUUAUUUUCCAUCCACGUAUGUCUAAGUAAUUUUCUGAAUACUUUCAGGACCACCUAAUCAAUCUAAUCGACACUCCUGGGCACGUUGACUUCAGUUUCGAGGUCUCGAGGAGUCUUGCGGCUUGUGAUGGGAUGUUGUUAUUGGUGGCUGCAAAUUCAGUAAGUGCUUUCUUAUUUUUCCUUGAAUUUUAGGGAGUACAAGCACAAACAGUCGCCAAUUUCUGGCUCGGCUUUGAGAAUGAUCUGGUAAUUUUACCUGUUAUCAACAAAAUCGAUCUUCCCGGUGCUGAACCUGAGCUUGUAAAUGAACAACUUUGCUCGUUGUUUGACUUCAACAAAGAUGAUGCUAUUCGAAUAUCGGCGAAGACGGGUCUAGGCGUCGAUCGAGUGUUGGAUUUAAUCGUUGAGAAGUGAGUGAAUCAACAUUUUUUUGGAUUUUUUUCACCUGUUGGCAAGUAUAAUACAAAAUUUUCUAGAGUUCCUGCACCAACUUCAGAUCGAGCUAAGCCUUUUCGAGCGCUGAUUUUUGACUCUUGGUUCGAGCAUUUCCGCGGUGCAAUCGCGUUGAUUUUGGUCAAAGAAGGGGAGAUUUCUGUUGGGCAAAAAAUCAAAUCUUUUCAUAACGGCAUGGAAUAUGAUGUGUCGGAGGUUGGAAUCAUGCAUCCAGAUAUGGUCAAGGCGGCGGUAAGUUGCAUUUUUCGUGGUUUAUUUUGCGUUUAGACCCUCAGCGCCGGCCAAGUUGGCUACAUUGUCUGCUCCAUGAAGACGGUGAAGGAGGCCGCAGUCGGAGAGACUCUGUACGAUGCGCAGUUGGAGAAGUCGAACGUCCAACCGUUCCCUGGAUUCAAGACGAUGAAACCUACAGUUUAUGCAGGACUUUAUCCGGUGGAACAGGCGGAUUAUGAAGAUUUGAAGCAAGCUCUGGAAAGAUUGGCACUAAACGAUCCAUCGGUGGAAAUUUCACCCGAUUCGAGCAUCGCGUUGGGCUUGGGAUUCAAGGUUGGGUUCUUGGGAAUGUUGCACAUGGAGGUGAGCAGUUUCUUGAUGGUUUUUGUGAGUUUAGAAAGGAGGGGAAGACUUGUCUAAAAUUGGUCAAGUGUUUCUCUCGGGCUUGUCAUCGCAAAUUGACUGUAAUUUUGAACGAUGUAUAGUGUGCUUUGGGUUGAAAUUUGAAUUUUGAACAAUUUCUUUAUCUGAAAAUGGUAAUUUAUUUAUCAUUUAUAUUAUUUUAGACAUCAAAUUUAUCGAUAUUAAUUUAGGUCUUUGGCCAACGUCUGGACCAAGAAUACGACGCAAACGUCAUCCUCACAGCACCCUCAGUGGAGUAUAAAGCCAUAGUAAAGGACAAUGACUCGAUACGAAAGCGAAGAUACGAAGGAAAAGGAGAAAUCUCCGUAACGGAUCCUUCGAAAUUCCCCGCUGAAGUGCAGGAUAUCGAUCAUUUUUUGGAACCAAUGGUGCAGUUGACGAUUAUAUGCCCCAAUGAAUAUAUGAGUCAAGUGACGGGCUUGUGUAGCGAAGCCAGAGGAGAGCGCGGCGAUAUAAAUACGAUUGAUGAAAGCCGAAUGAUCAUCAAAUAUCGAGUGCCAUUGGCGGAAGUUGUGGUCAAUUUCUUCGAGAGAUUGAAGAAAACUACAAGGUAAACACUUUUUGAUAGUUUAAUUGGGGGCUGCAACGCCUUUUGAGACCAAGAGAAACACUUGACACAUUUGGGGUCAAGUGUUUCUCUCGUGGGUUAUAGGCCGGAAAUGGUGUGAAAAGGUACUGUAAAAGGUGUAUUGAGAGUUUGUAUAAUAUUUUUCAGUGGCUACGCCUCGUUUGACUACGAAUACGACGGGUUUCAGGAAGUGGAUCUGGUCAAGUUGAACGUCUCAAUAAAUAAUCGCCAAAUCGAUGAAUUCUCCCUAAUAUGCCCCGCAUUAUUGGUCAGGAAGAAAGUCAAAGACCUAAUGAACCGAUUGAAAGAGGAAAUUCCUCGCCAAUUGUAUGAAGUCAACAUCAAGGUAGGGACUUUCAAAUUUUUGGCAUGGAUAAUAUAAUUUUUGUUGAAUUUUGAGUGUUUAUGGCGAGAUAGCGGAGUAAAAGGACUGAAAAUGCUAUUUGCAGGCCACAAUCGGCACCUCGCAAAAAGCCAUAACGCAGGCGACCAUAAAAGCCUACAAAAAAGACUUCACGGGCCUGCUGAAGGGCAACUUUGGCGGCGGCGGAAUGGAACGGCUCAACAAAAAAUUGUCACAUCAGAAAAAGGGCAAAGAGCGGCUAAAGAACAUUGGCAAUAUUAACAUCCCAAAAGAGGCUUUUAUCAAUGUUUUGAAACAUUGA